CUUUAGGUUAGCCAUUGCAAAAUGAGUGAGGACAUUGAUGUGUCCAAGUUGAAGGUCCCGGAGUUGAGGGCUGAAUUGGGGAGACGAGGGCUUAAUACUUUCGGCACGAAGCAGAUUCUAAUGGAUCGUUUAAAUGAUGCACUAAAAGCAGCUAAAUCAUGUGCCGAUAAGUGCGGCCCAGAUGAAAAUAGAGAAGCUCCAAUGGAUCCUCUAAAUGUCUCCAAGCAAAAUAAUCAGAAUUCUGGACAGGACGAGCGCAACCAAAGUCCCGUAGUAUCUCCUAGACGGGGAUUUGAGAAUGGAGUGGCGAAUGACAAAGACGGUAAUCAGUCUGAUCAGUACCAAAAAACAGACUCAGAUAGUCAUAAGCGAAGACGUUCGCCGUCACACUCUCCACGCCGCAGAUCCCGGUCUCGAGAUAGGGAUUCCCGUCGUUCACCACGCAGACGUUCAAGGUCUCCGCAACUUAAAUCGAAAAUGGUUGAAGAGCCAGAUAACUGGGAAAAGAGUGAAAAUGUCUUUCUUGAUACUUACAACUGCGAUUUAAAUCUCAUUAUUGAUGCUUCUAAUUUUCAAGCCAAACCUCAGACUGAAGGCGGUUUCUCACUGAUGUGGGCGGGAGUAAGAGCAAACUACGGUGUAAUCUCUGGGAAAGCUUUUUAUGAAGUUCGAGUUGUGAAAAAUAUCCAGGUUGAGAAUUAUGACAGUCUCGUUGGUGGGGCCACUCAUGUAAUGCGAGUAGGCUGGUCUACGGAGAAUACAGACUUCGCACUUGGUGAGCAGCCGCAGUCUUAUGGCUACGGAGGUACAGGCAAGAAAUCAUGCAACAAUAAGUUUUCCGAUUACGGAUGCUCGUUUGGAGAAGGAGACGUAGUUGGCGCCUUUUUAGAGUGGACCGGUUCUGAGGCCGUACUCAGAUUCAGUGUAAAUGGGGUUGAUCAAGGGGAGUGCUAUCGUGUGCAAAAGUCUCAACUUGGCGAACAUUUCGCUUUGUUCCCACACAUUUAUGUGAAAAAUGUUGAGUUUGCAUGCAAUUUCGGACAGGACAAUCAAUCUCCUUGGUUCAACCCGGAUAUAUCUGGUGACGAUCCAUUAUCAUGGCAGUUAAUGAACAAUCUCCCCAUUUCCUGCCGCGUACAUGGUCGCUGUCCACCGCAAUCAAAGUCAGAAUGCGAAGCGAUCAUGAUGGUAGGACUUCCCGGAGCCGGGAAAACGUAUUAUACUGAACGUUACACAGCGGAGCACCGUGAGAAACAAUUUAAUGUUUUGGGAACAAAUCUAAUUCUGGAUAAGAUGAAGGUAAUGGGUAUUGCUCGUCAGCGUAAUUACCACGGAAGAUGGGAUGUCUUAAUUGACAAAGCAACAAAAUGUCUGAAUACACUGAUUGGUGUGGCGUGUAUGCGCCGUCGGAAUUACAUUUUGGAUCAGACAAAUGUGUACCCGUCAGCACAGCGCCGUAAAAUGCGUCCAUUUGAAGGUUUCAAGCGAAAGGCCAUUGUUAUCGUACCUACUGAUGAAGAAUUCAGGCGGCGAAUUGCCCAACGGGAAAAAGAGGAGGGCAAAGAAGUGCCUGAAACUGCAGUUCUCGAAAUGAAAGCAAACUUCGGCAUUCCUAAACCAAUAUCCGAAGACCCUUCUAGCGUUUUCGACGAGGUUAUUUUCACUGAGCUCGGUCUAGACGAUGCUAAAACUUUAGUAGCCCAAUAUAAUCAGGAGGGACAAGCUAACAGACAACCUCCAGAAAAACGACAACGUUGGGAUGGAGGAAGUCGCGAUCGAGAUGACUCACGGGAUUCACGUUUUCGCGGGCGCGACAGUCGUGACAGAGGUCGGGACAUGGGACGUGGUCGUCGUGACGAACGCCGGAGCCCACCGGGCCGUCGGAAUGAUGACCGUGGUCGCCGUGAUUACAGGGGCGGUUACAACGCUUCACGUGACCGUAGUCGGGAUGGAGAUCGCUAUGAACGCAAUAGUGAUCGUGAAUCAUACGGGCGUCAUUCUGGUGGGAGGUUUAGUGGUGGUGGUCCUCAAGGUGGACGUUUCGGGCCUCCGAACCGCGGAUCUUAUCCAAGUGGGAUGUCUGGUCCAGGUGGGUUUGGGGGAUAUGAUGGGUCACGUGGCGUCAUGAUGAGAGGUCCUGGAAGAGGGGGUUUCCAAGCUCCUAACUUCGAUACACGUGGAAAUCGGGUUGGUUAUCGUGGUGCCAUGGAUCGAGGAAAUACGGGCGGUUAUGGUGGGCCCAACGAUGCAAUGUAUGGACAUUAUGACAGCAAUACGACUGAUGGAGAACCUAUGAGCAGUGCGUAUGAUAUGGGUGAUCCUACAGCAUCAGCACUUACCCAGCCACCGUAUGAAGGUGGUCCCAUGAGUGGUGGCUUCCGAGGGGGAUACGGUGGUGCAGGUCGUGGCGCUCCGAUGCAGGGUUCUAGAGGGGGGCCUAGUCGUGGUGCUGCCCCAAUGGGACGUGGAACUGGCGCUCCCGUGCGCGCGGGACAUGCUGACCGGGGUACCGAUCGAAGUCAACCAGGACGCAACGCACCAGCUGGUGGUCGUGGUGGGCCACAGGCUGAUCGCGAAGUGGGUGGAGGUUUCUCAAACGAUAAUCAACAAUAUAGUGUAUAUGUGGCUGCAGACGGCUAUCAAAGCGCAGCUGACGAGUCAUACUCCGGCUCUGGUAAUGACGACUAUCGUGGUCAACGAUUUGGUGGGACAGGUCCAUAUGGUGGGGGCGCAAUGCAGAGACCAUCAGCUGGUGGUUAUCCUCCCUAUCAGAGAGGUAAUCCUCCAUUCCCACCUUCAGGUCCAGCUGGAUAUCCUAAUGCCCCCGGUGGGGGUGGUUAUGCAAGAAAUAGUGCACCAUACGGUACCGCUAAUUCUGGUCCGAACUAUCCAAAUUCAUACCCUAGUGACCAUGGCAGUUUCACAAAUAGUGGCGCAGAUCCAUAUGGUGGACAAGCUCUAUCUGACAGGUCCAGUAGACCCAGUAUUCAUCAGAAUCAAGGUGCAUCCUUUGGUGGUGGGUACGGUUCAAAUGAUUCAGAAAAAGCCGGUGAACGUCCAAAUGCUGAAGGAUCUGGUCUAUAUCAAUCUGCUGCAUCACGUUAUCCCGAUAAUCGCUCUGCUUCAGGUAUGCCACCAGCACCUAGACAGUCACGGUUUGAUACGAAACCAGAGGGCAACGCUCUUCCUCAAUCGAAUGCAUAUCCUGACUAUGGCGUGGGAUCUAAUUAUGCUAGUGGUUACGCCAGUGGCUUUUCAUCCAACGCAAAUCAGAAGGCAGGUUCCCUUCAAACAUCUAAUCCUCCUCCUAGCGGUCCCAGAAGCGGUCGUAGUCGCUUUGAUGUUGGACCGCCUGCUGCUCAACCUGUACCAUCUGUAACUGCCGUUCAGAGUACAUCAGCUAAUACUUACAACCAACCUACCCAGUCACAGUCGACCAAUCGGUCACAACCUCAAGUUCAGCAGGGUGCAGCUUCCACCCAAGCACAACCACAAUCCUACGGAUAUGGUUACUCCCAGACUGGCAAACCGGACGCUGGAAGUAAUACGACAGCACCACCUGUCAGUCAGUCAUACAGUGCUUACAAUUAUGGAUAUGGGUACGGUGCAUACGGAAGUCAAACUGGGCAAACAUCUGCUUCUGUUCCUCGACCUAGUGCUCCCACCACUGGGUCUACUCAGUCGCUGUACGCAUCUGCUGUUGCAGAAAAACCUCAAACUACUCAGCAGACGAAUACGUCAGUUGCAUCUUCCGUUGUUUCCUCUGCCACGACUACUUCUGCCUCAUCUGACCAGUCGGCGACGGCAGCAGCAGCAUACGCCUCUUACUAUUAUGGCACUUCCCAGAGUGUCCCGGUGAGUACACAGGGCGCAGGGAAGUAUGAUGCAGCAAUGGCUGCAGCACAACAGUUUAACGCUUGGCAGCAGCAGCAAACACCUUCUGCAGUAUCUGGUAGUGUAUCAAGCAGCGUGCCAAGUGCUCCGACAGCAACAGUGACCCCUCAAACACAAACCGCCAAUCCAUACGCAAGUUAUUAUGCAGGUUAUUCUUCAUAUCCAUCAAGCUACGGGACUAUGCCUCUUGGUGGGGCUCCAGGGACUGUACCAACUGCUACUGCCCCAGCAGCACCAACAAUGAGUCAGUACUACUCUGGUUAUCGCUGAAACUUGACAAAUAAACUAACUUUCUUGUCUUUUAUCUAGUUAUGUUUCGUCUGACUUGUUUCGCAUCUACAUUGCGCACUCCUUUUGUUUCACAUCCUGUCCAUUAUGCACGAUUGUUAGAAAGAAACCAAUUAUUAAAAAUCUUUUUAUUAUUACAAUGGGCUACGCAGAGGUUCGUUCAACUGCCAGUAUAUUGGUGGCAUGUUGGUAUCUUUUCUCCAUGCUAGCUCUUUCCACGUCGGAAGUUUGCACAAGGUUCGGUCAGGAUGAGUUAUUUGUUCCUCCUCGAUUUCAUUGUUCCACUUCUCACGGAAUCUUUCCCAGCGUAUGUCGUCAGCACUUGCUGUGAGAAAGCGACUUUCACUUGAAAUGGAGGCUUCCAGUCUGCGUAAGUCACACCAGCAUACGUAGUCCUGUAAAAGUAAGAUGAAAAUAUUAGUUAGGAGAAUGACAAAUUGAUACGUUUGCAGAAAAGAGUAUCGCGUUUUUAGGGGAAUGUUCCUCAAUUGGCUCAGUGAUAGACUAUAAAUCACUUUAGUACAUGCAUUGGUAUGGUGGCUGGCAAAAUAAUUAAAAACUGUUGGUAGUUACUAACCUGCAUCCAUAUAUGGUUUAGACUUCUUUCAACGGAAAAUCGGUUUCUGAGACGCACUUGCAGCAAAUGGGUUAUGAGAUGUAUCGCUUUAUGAAUUAGUAAAUAGACAGUGUUUCUUACCUUCUUCAGAUAUGUUGUCCCAU